AUGAAAAAGUCCAACUUUAUCAUUGCUGCGGCUUUGUCUUUUGGACUAGCGUGUAUGUACAUGACGUAUAGCAAGUCAUCAAUGAAUAAUGAACUCAAAGAAACACACAAGACUGAAAAAAGCGAACCAACAAAGAGCAUUCCCAAUUCCAACAAGAAACCUACACCAAAACCGAAUUCCUUUAAUCCCUCUGAUGCUGAAAAAUAUCAAAAGUAUAUUAGAAAGUAUACACUAGCAUAUGACAAAAACUGUAUCUUGACUUUGCAAGACAAAUACAAAGGACACGGAGAUUUGCCACUUAAGAUACCUGUUGAUAAUGAAAUUAAUUCGCUCUCUGAAGAAGUCAUUGCCUGCUUGUAUCAUCGCUACGUCACAACAAUUCAAACAUUUUGUGCUUUCAAAGACCGUGCAGGCGAGGCAAGGCGGAAUGGUUGGUAUGUAUGUGCCGAUCCCGCGUACGCCCCAAAAGAGAACGGUGUUGUCUUCCUGUCUAAUACAGCAUUUCCAGAAAGCACUUUUUCGGCUGACAUGGUUUCUAGAUAUAAAAGUAGCAUACAUGCAACUCCGCUCUCGUCUGCAAAUACUCUGCAGUCUUGGAUUCAUAAAACAAAAACGCCCAACAGCGUCAUAGAUAUCCUGACUAUGUCUGUGAGUGCAACAUCAGGUCUUGGUUUAAUCCACACGAUGGUUCAAGAAAAAUCUAUUCUAAAAGUCAAACAACUCUUCUUGGAACUCCACUUUGAUCCCAAAGAUACGAAAAAGCAGGACUACAUUCAACUAUUAAAUAGCUUGCGAUUGCUUCACGACAGUGGUUUAAGAAUUGUGUGGUUUGAUAGGUUAUUUCAUUGUGCAACCACCAAAUUCAAUAAGUGUUAUGCUGUAUACUUUGUUCAACCAAAUCUUAGGGAUAAAACUGCCACUUCCUUGUCCUUAGAUUUACCAAGUGAAGAAGAGAUAAGAAAGAUGAAAACCACUGACAUCACUGAUUUGUAUUUCAAGUAUAUCGAAACUACUCAAUUUUUCUGUCAACAAGUACUGAGAUUAGGAUGGAUUACCGAUGGUGGAUGGGAUGUAUGUCACGAUAAAAUGUUGCAAUAUAGAAAUCCUUGUAUUGUAUAUUCAUUUGGAGUCCUAAACGAUUUUUCUUUUGACGACGAAAUUGCAGCAACAUAUGAUUGCAGUGUCUAUUCCUUUGACCCUACAACACCGUUCGGGACUCACCAACACUCACCACGGGUUUGGUUUUAUCAACUUGGAAUCGGUAGCGAAUACAAAAAAUUCGGCGCUGGAUUUAUAGCCCCAUUAAAGAAAAUUCGUGCCGAUUUGCAUCAUCAAUCUUCGCCUAUUACUAUUGUUAAAGCUGAUGUUGAAGGUGCAGAAUGGGGGAGCAUUCCAGAUAUGAUCAAUACCAACGAACUAGCUAGUGUAUCACAGCUCUAUGUAGAAUUCCAUGGUAAAGGAGAUACACCGGAUCAACUGCUUGUUCUGAAAAAGAUUCACGAUGCUGGAUUCCGUAUUUUCUGGUACCAUUUGAACCCUGCGUGUGCUCAUAACAAACAAAUUCCAAGAAGGGCAGAGUGUCAAGAGGUGUAUUUUAUCAACACAAAAUUGUAA